UGCUUGGUUACCUAAUGUUUACGUCAGUGUUAUCUACUGGGUCGAGGUGUGCCUUGCUACAGUGUAGUGCGCAGAACGUGGGAGGGGUGGACAUAUUGGUGAAGUGAAGGGAGUCAAAACGUGAGUGUAAUUUCAGAAGGGAUUGGCUAUAUGCUGUGAUGUUUGGAUCGUUGCUGAUAAUAGUAUUUUCUGUGCUACAGGGUGUCCCGGUGUGUGAGUGGGGCAAGUAUGGACACAACUGUGACCGACUAUGUUCAGAUCACUGUGGACUUCUUCCUGGCAGAAACCUCCGACCCUGUCACAAAGACACUGGGGAGUGUUUACAUGGGUGUGUUCGUGGUCGGCAUGGUGACCACUGUGAUCAACUUUGUAGUCAGAACUGCAUCAGCACCAUCUGCAACCAAGGCAACGGGGGAUGUACCCUCGGGUGUAUAGAUGGAUACAUUGGAUACUUCUGUAACAUAACAACAGGUGCACAGAUACAGACAGCAGUGACCACUACCUUCAGACCAUGUGACUGGGGCAGAUUUGGGGAAACAUGCGAUCAAGGCUGUCCUCCAGGCUGUGCCCUGGGUUCCGACAGAAACACCAACUACUGUCAGACUGACACAGGAACGUGCACUCGGGGAUGUCGGCGUGGUUGGCAUGGCGACCGAUGUGAGAAGCUGUGUGGCGGGAACUGUAUUGCGGACACCUGUCAUCAAGGAAGUGGACAUUGUACCCAUGGCUGCAGAGGGAGAUAUACAGGAGAUUAUUGUGAAGCAGAAACAGAUUGGGGGCACAGUACACAGAGUAUGCAAUGGAUGUGGAUGUUACCUGUUGUGAUCUUUAUCUUUUUGACAAUUUGUUGCUGGAAGUGUCCACGAUGUAGAAGAACGUUUGACAAAGGGUUUACGUGGCUGACAAAAAGGAAUCCAAGGGCUUCAGUGAGUGAUCUGAGUAAGGAUCACAGCCAGAGCGAGAGGGUUCCACUGCUCUCCACUGCUUCACACGUGACUCCAUCACAAGCAGACCGCGACCUCUACUACGCCAGCGCGGACGGGGACCUGAAGAAGGUGAAGCGGAUCCUGUCUGCGGGUGAUGUCAACGUCAACUGUAGAGUGUGGAGCAUGACACCCCUGAUGGAGGCAGCACGGUGGGGACACAGAGAGGUGGUUAAACUCCUUGUUAGUAAAGGCGCUGAUGUGUCACUGGUGACAGAUGGCGGUAACAACACCCUUCACUGGGCCUGUGUGAGUGGAAACUUGGUGACGGUGAAGUUUGUCCUGUCUCUAAACGUGUUGGACAUCAACAGUAGAGGAGUGGGGGGCAGGACACCGGUGAUGUGGGCAGCAGUGAUGGGACACAGUGAAGUGGUGAAGCUCCUUGUGAGUGAAGGAGCUGAUGUGUCACGGGUUGACAAUGGCGGUGAGAACGUCCUUCACUGGGCCUGUGUGAAAGGAGACGUGGGGAUUGUUCAGUCUCUGAACGUGAAGGACAUCGAUGUCAAUAACAACAACGGGCGGACAGCGACCGACAUGGUGAGAUCCAUGGGAAAUCAGAGACUGUUGAAUCACCUGGUGUUCCGCGGCGCUCAGUGACGUCAGUGUCGUGUUUGUGUAGACGUGGAGGGGGACAUGUGGUGUGCCGUUCAUGUCGUCGUGUUACAUAUUUCCGGAGAAGAUGAGAAUGUUGGUUGUGUUUUUGUGGAUAUAAAACUUGUUAAAAUAUG